AUGGCGACCUUGGAGGAAACUGAACUCUGCUUUCCACAACUCCUCAACAGCUCCUGCAGGAAGCCAAUACGUCCUCACUUUGAGACCAUGCUGAUUUACAUUCUGCUGUCCUUCAUCGCUCUGCUCACUGCAGCUCUUAACCUGCUGGUCAUCAUCUCUGUCUCCCACUUCAAGCAGCUCCACACCCCCACCAACCUCCUCCUCCUCUCUCUGGCUGUCUCAGAUUUCUUCGUUGGUCUCCUCAUGUUCUUUCAAAUUGUCCUCAUAGACGGCUGCUGGUUCCUUGGUGACCUAAUGUGUACUCUGUAUCAGUAUGUAGCGUAUAUCAUUGCCUCCUCUUCAGUAGGAUCCAUGGUGCUCAUAUCUGUUGACCGCUAUGUAGCUAUUUGUCAUCCUCUGCAUUACUCCAGUGAAAUCACACUAAAAAGAGUUCAGGUGUGUGUUUGUCUGUGUUGGAUAUGUUCUGUAAAUUUUCAAAGUCUGAUCUUGAAGGAUAUAUUGAAACAACCAGGCAGGUAUCACUCCUGUGUUGGAGAGUGUAUAGUUUUCAUUAACUACAUUGCAGGACUUGCAGACCUCACCUUUUCCUUCAUUGUUCCCAUUAGUGUUAUUGUGGUUUUGUACAUGAGAAUAUUUGUGGUGGCUGUGUCUCAGGCUCGUGCCAUGCAGUCUCAUAUUGCAGCUGUCACACAAUCAGGGAAAGUCACUGCAAAGAAAUCUGAAAUGAAAGCAGCCAGAACUCUUGGAGUUGUUGUAGUUUUGUUUCUAAUAUGUCUCUGUCCAUAUUAUUGUGUUGCUCUGACAGGCCAAGAUAACUUGCUUAAUGAUUCAUCUGCUGUCUUUGUGAUAUGUUUGUAUUAUUUCAACUCCUGCUUAAACCCUGUAAUAUAUGCCCUUUAUUAUCCCUGGUUUAGAAAAUCAACUAAGCUCAUACUUACAUUUAAGAUACUGCAGCCUGACUCCAGUAAGGCAAACAUAUUAUAAUAAGACUGCAUGAGCCUGAAAUAAGGUCCUCAGAAUGAAUGAGAAAUGUGCCCUGUCAUAGAGAAACAAUAUGUCAGUAAAGUUAUUAAAUGCUGUUAAUCUCAUCUAUAUAUUUAUAUUGCUUAUGCUAUAAUAUGAUGUUCUUGAAGAAUGAAUGAAGCCACUGAGUGGAGAGCAGAGAACCUACUUCAGAUGUGUUAAUUUGUUUUGUAAUUUUCUUUCAAAACAGCAUCUUGUGGAUUUACUGUGUCGUCUAUAAAUGUCAGUACUGUAACCUAUUUUUGUUGUGAUAGCAGUGUGUUAAGCAGGAUGGAUACUAAAGAAAAAUGCAGGUUUUCAUUCCCAACUUGUGGUCAUAUUUUUCAGAUGUUAUAUCCACAUUAGAAGAAUCUUGACUGAAAGUGCACCCCA